AUGGCCAAGAACAAAAUAUACAAGGGGCGAAGCCCAAAUGUGGAGCGGUAUUUAAAUAGUUGUGGCCGCGAAGUAGAUAUCUCGGGGCUAAUUGCGCCAAAUCUUGCUGCUGGAGCGAGACUCGCAGCCAAAAAUGAGAGUCAGGCUCUGGACGAGAAGACUUCCAGAACAUACGAGCUACGGCUCAUCGCACUGGAGCAGUUCGCGGCACAGAACGGAGAUGAUGCCAUUCUUUUCGGCCCAAACAAAAGGCCCUUUUUAGCGGCCACAUUGCAAACCUUCAUGCAGGUGAUGGGUGAAACAAAAGGGAAGAAAAUUGGCACAUUACGUUGUCGUGGGCUCAAGCCUCCUGUUAUCAGGGGCUAUGCAGCCGCCUUUAAUUAUUGGUUCUGUGCGUUUGGGCACACGGAGCAAUACAGCGAAGCCAUUGUUACUGCUGAAGAUGGCUCUCAACGAGUUGUGCCAAAGGGAAAUCCCAUGUCGUCACCUGAUGUUACUCAGAUGAUAAAGCAGCUUGUGAAGAGGGCCACAAGACCUACUGCUAAGGACACCCGGCAUGGAAGGGUGCCUUAUGAGCCCAAGAAGGCACCACCAUUUACCCUUCAGCAGCUAUUGCGCAUGCGUGCAUACUGCCUUAAUACAAUAGAGGGUUUACGAGGUAUAUGGUUAUGGACUGUUACAUUGUUUUCCUUUGCACUGUUCCUGAGAGGGGAGGAACCUCUUCGUCUCAAGCUGAAGAACUUGAGGUUACCUGCCAAUUUCACCUUAGGUGAUCCCAUUACAUUGCCAAAGCGAAUUGAGGUAAAAAUACCAUGGUCAAAGGCAGAUAGAAAAGCCAAAGGUGUUACACUUACCCUGUGGAGUAACCCUUUCAACAAACAGUUGUGCCCUGUGACUGCUCUUAUUGCAUGGUUACUUGUAGCAGAUAUUCGUGGGGGUUACCUUUUCCCAAGGGUUGGGAAAAAUAACCGUGCUGUCCUGCGAAACUGUGCCCGUGGGGUCACCACCUACAGGAAAACCUUUCUUGAGAUGUCCAAGGCUCUUUUUGAGAAGGAAUUCACGACACACAGCAUCAGACGAUCAGCAGCUCGAUGGGCUGCUCGUUGUGGGGCAGAUGAUAGUACCAUAAAAAGAGCAGGGAGAUGGAAAUCCAGUAGCUUUGAACUGUACACACAAGAUGCUAGAGCAGAAAUGAUAAAGGAACAACAUGAUGGAAAUCCAAUAUUUGAUCAUAAAAUGUGGAUGUUUAAACCUCUACGGUAGUUCAUGGCCCUUUUGCAAAAAAGUACUUGUGGAUUCUCAUUGUUAAAUGCAUCCUUUGAAAAGUACAGAUCUUGUCGUUAGCUUUGCCAUUUGAGGUGGCUGAUUAAAAUUUUAUGCUUUCUUA